ACCUAGGUAUACACCAUAUUUAAUGACCCACACGAUGUGACAAAAAUAACAUGAAACAUCGUCACAACACCUAUGUAUAGACUCAUGUACUAGGUACAUAACUGCGAUUCGAAGGGUAUUGCGAACAACACCAUCCGACACAAAAACAAUGUACCUGGGCUCGAAGAACCACCGUAAGGCUAUGAGGUACACAUGCCCGCACUUCCAAACACCUCAACCCAUGAUCACCGCUUUCUCUCAAUGCUCAAGCCCUUGUUCGUUGUACUUCCCUUAUAUCAAGCUACAGAGACAUCUAGAGAUAGGUGUAAGAUGAGAAUAAAUGUCAAUAUACCUUUACGUAC